AUGACAAAAACGCAAUAUUUAACGGACGCUGAGAAACUAAAAAUAAUUAAAACAUUUAAGAAGGACAAGGAAAAAACUGACAUAGCAAAAGUGUUUAGUACGAAUCGUUGCAUAGUCACUAAGAUUAUAAAACGAUUUGACGGAUAUGAAACUGUUAAAGCAGCACCACGAACUGGCAGACUGCGAAAAACAACUGAAAAUUUAGAUCGUCGAAUUGCAACGCUCUCGAAGUCGAAUUCAUUUUACAUUGCUCCUGAAAUUAAAAAUAAACUGGGUUUGGAAAACAUUCAUAGCAGGACAGUUAGUUGUUUGGAUGAAAAUAAUCUUUUUUUACGCGAAGCAUGCAAGAAACUACUCGUGUCGAAGAAAAAUAAAGCAGCUCUGUUGGAGUUUGUUAAAAAAAACACCUUAAUUUGA